GGUGACGCAAUCCGGUUGAUCGUGUCCGUUCGAUCGGUCGCUCUUCGAGCAGAGUUACGACUCACCUAGUCACUUAGCGCCAGAAGACCCGUUCUCGCUCGGAGUCCUCGGACGGAGCAAGGUCUCAGGUUGCGAGUUUAUCUGAGCUCCCGGCAUCCGAAACUUUCCACACAGCCACGGUCUCUGAGUCGUAUGAAGUCGUCUCCCUGAGAAACGCCGAGGACUCGAUCAUGGGAUCUCGGAUAUUCACGGUGCUGUGUUUGCUGCUCAAUAUAUCUGUGAGCCGACAGUACGAGGUCGGACAAACUUAUGUUUACUUCCUGAAAACGGACGUCUUCCUGAACGACGGCUCCGAUCACGUGAACCAGAAGACAGGACGACAAGUUGGAUACGGCCUGGAGGGCAGGGUGAAAUUGACACCAUUAUGGAGAGAUCCACAAGCUGUUUCGAAUCGGAUACUCGAAAUCGACUUCGAAGAGGCACACUUGGUGGUUGCGCCGGCUGAGAAAAAGUCCAGCACGGAGCGCAAACAACAUGCGUCCGAUCUGGACGGUGCAACCCACCGGCCGAUGUAUGCGCUCUUCAAAGACGAUGAGAUUGUCCGCGUUUGGGUGGCCAGCAACGACGACCCAACAUACUUGAACAUCAAGAAAGGGAUCGCCAGCAUGUUCCAGUACCAGACGUCGUCGCAAAUUAAACAUUCUCAGGUCGAUGUAAGCGGGAAAUGCAAAGUGACACUGAAAGCUGACGGCUCACAUGUCAAGAAGAUCAAAGAAGAUUGCGAUCAUCCGGAUCUCGAGCAGUACGAGCAUCCGAACCCGGUGCGCUCAGUCAAUGUCAAGACCAGUUCUCAAACAAAUUAUCAGCUGACACAUGACGCUUCCGCCGUUCAAAGCGCGAAGGCAUCGGAGUCGGUUCGAAUGUCGGUCAACGCCUGGCCGGAGGCGUCUAUCGAAGUUACGGCUCAGCAUAGCCUCAAACUUGGCGAUAGCUCUUCGUCCCGAGCUGCGAUCUCCAUCCGGGCCGGGGGCGAUGAACUCGAAGCGAUCCGCGCUCUGGAGUCGUCUCUGUCCAACUACAAGCAGGACACGAUCAUCGCCCGACCCUCGGAAGUCAACCACGCUAAGAAGUUCAAAGGAUCCCUUAAAGACCGCAUCUCGUUAUUCAGGGACCAGCUGACCACCGAUAAAUUAGCGUCAUUGAAGAGCCCCAUGGCUUUUGUCACCUUAUUGGAAAGUUUCCGCAUAGCCUCGGAGAACGAUGUGGCAGAAUCGCUAAAGGAUCCGAAAAACGCGAGAAUCCUACCUCAGCUCUUGGAUAUCGCUGGAGCUUCGCAGACUUUGGCCGCUAUCAGAGGAACACUACGGAUACUCAGCCUGGAGAACGAAGACACCACCCUUAGCGAGCGGUUCCUCCUCUCUCUAGCGAUGGCUUCGCACCCCGGACCGGAGUUCGUUGCUGAGCUCCACAAAAUCGCGAAAAAAGAUCUCAAAAACCAGAAAUCUUAUGCAACGUUGAUCGCGUCUCUCGGUUCGGUUUUGCGUCACGCCCUCGGAAACCACGCUCAGAUGAAGGAGGCUAACGAAGCCCGCAAGUGGUUGGAGGUUCGCCUGGGACAAUGCACGAGCGAUGAUUGCAAACUCGUAUUCCUACGCGCGCUGAAAAACGCGGCGCAAGCAUCCAGCAUUCCGGUUCUCUUGACUCAUCUCAAAAGCAGCACGAAACUCACCGCGCCAGCGCUCCUCCGGGCCUUGCAAGAAAUAGGCUCUCUGUACUUCACUCCGGAUGUUUUCAACAGUCUGGAGCGAGUAUACUUCCAGACUCGAGCCAAACAAGAAUCGACAGCGAGAGCACUGGCAGCUGAAAUGAUUUUCCAGAGCGGAGACAAAGCUCGAAUCGAGCGUCUUGUUGGUGCGAUUCGGAGUCUGGGCUGCCCCGAAUUGCAAACCUUCGUCGCGAGCAAAUUCGUCGAGCUGAUUGAAUUGGGCCGGUCGCGUGAAGCCGGGAAGGUUCUGAGCAAUCACAGCGUUUCAAAUUACGAUUCUCUGGCACACGGCGGCCUAUCCUCCACGUUCACGAGGCUCUUAGCGAGAUCUCGUGAUCUCAACGUGACCUACGGGCUCAACAUGGAAUUAAUUCCUGGAGGUCUGCUGAAACAAACUCACUUCGACAUCAAUGUGCAAACUUCGCCUACUGAAGACAUGCCCCUGAUUUCGGUUAAUAUCUUCGCCGCUGGACUGGCGGGGAUCGCCGGCGGGGACACGAGCGGUAAUGAGGUCCGAAAUUCGUACAUUUCUCAGGUUGACGACGAAGAGGAUGCCACCGCGGGAAUGGUUCUGAGCAUUCUCGGGACCGAGCUGAGACCUUAUGUGUUCUUCCGGGGGAACGGUGAGCUGAUGAGCCACGUGUUCGCGGGCACCGCAUCAGAUCACACACCCGCUCUCCAGGGAAACUUUCUCCUUAUGGAUCACAUGCAACUAGUUCCGCUACUCAACGGUCUGAUCGUGCAGCUGCAACUCAAAGGCUGUGUUUCUACUGAUCUCGGCGGCAGCGUCCAGGUUUCUCUGUGGAACAGGAAUUCCCAUUCAAUCGUGCACUCCGCAGGCGCGGUGCUCGUGCAGGGAUCGGCGAGACUCCUCUCUGAUGUGGCCGCGGCACGCGUUGAGGUGAACGUGGGCGCGGAAUCCUUCCUGGAUUUCAUCACAGACUUCGAGUUCUACGAGAAGCCGUACAAGAUGUGCAUUCAGAUGAGAAACCCAGGCCUCACCAUGAGGCAUCACGUGCGAAAAUACGAGGCUAUUGACGGCAAACAACAUUUGGUGAGAACGCUGCGACGUCGCAGCUCCAGAAUCGAAGGCAAGAGCUAUCCCUUGACGGCAAAGAACUCCGAGCUCUGCACUGAAAUGUUCGGCGAAUCGUAGGCGAUGGCAGAUGAGGCGAAAGGCGCGAGAAACGACUGACUGAGUUUGUUGACCGGCUUGACCAAAAGGUCCGCGAUGAUAUUUCGCGGAGAGGGAUUCCCGAGCGCCUCUGCGUUUCCAGCGACUGACGCGGAUAUUGGCCAUGUGGGAGGACGCGGUCGCGGUGAAAAAUGCUCAAUAGUAUAGCUCUAGUGUUUUGCACUUUUUAAAGUUUCUCGCUGUCUCGUGGCGCAGAUUCGCUUUCCGAUUCAGAGUUUCUCGGGACACGAGACGCGAGGUACAUCGGAAGCAGCAACAACGACUACAAGAACUGUGCCAAAUGAAAUUGCGUGUAUGUUGUCACGGGGAGAGUGCACUCCAACAUCUCAGAGGAGACAACAACGCUGGCAGCUACGAGGCGAAUACUCGCGACGUCGAGUGCAACGACCUCGAAUCUCUCUGGCUCUCCCAAAAUAUAUAUUGCGAUUCGUAGGGAAUAAAUUAUAUAUUGUACUGUUAA